AUGUUGACCGCUGCUGUUUCUAGAGAUGUUUUCGCUUCUCCACCUGUUGAUUCUAUUUUAGCUGCUAUUCGAGCUAUAACUGGUCCCCUGGGGUGCCUUCUAAUAGUAAAGAACUACACUGGUGAUAGACUGAAUUUUGGAUUAGCUGCUGAGCAGGCAAAAUCUGAAGGCUAUAAGAUGGAGAUGGUCAUUGUUGGAGAUGAUUGUGCCCUUCCCCCACCUAGAGGGAUAGCUGGUAGAAGAGGUUUAGCUGGAACAAUUCUUGUGCAUAAGAUUUUCCUCUUAGGCUCAUCCCCAGUUACUGGCAUGUUACAUUCUUUCACUCAGCCAAGUUGA